AAGACGAAGCGUACGAUGUUUGUUUUCGAAACGAAGAGACAAUUCGAAGAGAGGUCACGCCGCAGUUUAGUGACAACACUUGAUCCGGACGAAUCAUGGAUCGAGCUGAAGAUUAUAAUGGGUUUUGUGAAAACAGUAUAUGCGACAACAUCGCGGGAGUUCUGAGGAAAGAUCGAGGAGCGUGAGGCUGAAAUCGUGAUCGGAACACGUUACGGGGCUACGAAAGAAGCGUCAGAGUCACGCCGCGAGGGAAUAGGAGGGGGAUUCCCGUCGUUGGCCUUAUUUCGCUACACUAACGCCUCAUUGCAUCGCGUACGCGAAGUCGUGACUACGCCACGGACGAUUUCUGGAGGAUCGAGUGAAAUACCAGAAAUACCUGAUCGAAGAGCCAAUAAGAAUCGGGCAAUAUUGCGAAUCGUAAUGGCGGAUUGUUUGAACUUCCAGCUACGCUACGCUACGCGGAGUUAGUCACUCUUGUGUUUGAUUCCGGUAGAUUAGACCUACUCCGUGGAUUAGACCCUGGGUUGGGAAAUUGAAAGUUUCGAGUUUGAAAAAGUUAGAUUAAAGUUGUCUGUCACAGCGAAGCUACCUUUUAUCGAUACGAAGAAUUUGGUGGUUUUCUCGGCGUGGCUUUAUUACGCGAUGGUGCAACUAAAGAAGCAGGUUGAGUGUAAAUCAACUUGCCAAGGUAAACAAAGAGGCAAGACGUUAGACGGGCGGCAAUUUUGCUGUGGUGUUCUUUCCCUCGCCGAGAUGCCUUCAGUUCCAUAUCCAUGUACAUCGCCAAUAAAUCCGACAUCUUAUCCAGGUGUUUCAUCUGCAUAAAGGUUCGAAGCACCGGUUACACGAAUUCGACGAAAGUGAUGCGGUAUCGUGAACGGGAACAUUUAAUUGUCAUUACGUUUUUCAACGAAAGUGCUUUCUAUCUAUAAAUGUUAUUCUAAAUGGACAGAAACCGUGUGUAAUAAUUCACGUUUCCAUUAAUACUUCGGUACGAUUAAUCAUAUGUGUCUACAAGCGACAAAUGAGACGCAAAUACAAAUGUAUUAAACAAAAAAACAGUAAUAACAACAACAACAACAAUAAUAAUAAUAAUAAUAUUAUACGAACACGUAUGGUGAUUAUGAGUUUGGAGAAAGUUUCUUUUAAAAAUUUAUCGAUACAUGUAUAAUUACGCGUAUACAUAAAGAUUUUUUUAAAUAUAAAUAAUACGACGACGUUUUGAACAUGUUUAAACCGACGCGGUUAAAUUAUUCUACGAUUAAUAUUCAUCGAUUAUAAUAUUAUCGGCGAAGAAAUCUGAAAUUACCGAAGACAGAAAAGACCAGACGGAGUUUCGUCUCGAUUAAAGAAGACGAACGCAGCAUAGAAAAUGAACGUCACCACGGUAAGCACGGCUGGAAUGAGCACUGCGAUUGCCGGUAUUGUUGCACUGGGUACCGGUGUUGUGGUUGAAAAUACGAGGGGGGAAAUCGCCGACGGUGGUGACGAUGUCUCGCCAGUAACUCUGUCUUCCGAUUGGUCGAGGGUUGCCCGUCUUCUGCUCCUGGCGUCUCUGGCCGUUGUCGGUAGCGUCGGUAACGUCUUCAUGAUAUCGGCGGUAAUGGUCGAGGAUCAUUUGAAGAAGAGGGGUAACGCUUUCUUGGUCAACGUUGCACUUGCCGAUCUUCUCGUAACUGGCCUCGUUAUUCCUGCUUCUGCGAUUGUUAUUUUAGCCGGUCAACAAGAAUCUCCUAGUAUAUGUCGUUUCGAGUGGAGUUUAGAGGCCGUUUGUUUUCUCGUUACCGUUUUCACUCUCGCUACCAUCGCCGUCGAGAAUUACGCCCGUCUUUGCCUGUCCGAAGAAAGGUACGAAGCACUGACGCCGAGUUGCGUGACAAGCCUGAUACUAACGGCCUGGCUAAUCGCCGGUACGACGGUAGCCCUCCAAUCGUCCCUGGACCUGGGGCCGGACUUUUGCGGGCGACGAUUCAACGGCAUCGCCUUCGUCCAGGCAGUCGGCGCGAGUAUCGUCGUCGGAGUACCGGCUCUGAUAACGAUACUGGCCUACUUGUGCCUCGUGGUGCGAGUGCGCCGGGCGACGAGGGCCUCGUUCAAACCACCGGUUGCCUUCGCCUGGGACUACGACCUGACCAAGACCAACAUGUACAGCUUCGCAAUGUUCGCCGUAUUCUGGCUACCCUUUGGCGUCACCCUCUGCGUGAGUUCCGUUCGCCCGGUAAGCGCCAGGGUGUUUUACAACCUGGCGUGGUUCGCCCUCUCGAAGUCGUGCUUCAACAACCUUUUGUACUGCGUCUCCGAUCGGCACUUUCGCAACGCCUAUGUCAAGCUCUUUCAUUACUGCUGCUGCAAGACAACCGUAAGCUUCUCAAGACGGACACGCGGUGACGGCACCGGCAGAUCUUCCGGCGACGUUCGUCUCAGGGUUCACAUUAUACAUUCGUACGCAAGCCCAGCUUCCUGCAGACCAGCUGUCGCCAGGCCCAAUGGACGGGACGUUUACGAGUUGUAGACAUUUCAUUGAUCGUUCAACUAUUCACCGAGAUUAUUGAUGUUAUAGAAUUUUUAUGGAAGAGAUGUGGAAAGUAUUCAUUAUUUGUCUAUAACAGGUAUCAGCGAUAUACCGACUACCGUGCAGGCUGCACGCGUCCUUACCAGAGGAGAUACGACACCGAGAGUCAUCGAAGAGUCGUUGGUAAGUCAGAUCACUGCACAUACCGCUACCUAAAACAAUUUUCUAUACCUCUGUUUAGCGGAAACUUUUGUUAGAUACCAAACGGAUUUUCGUUCUAGCUUCAGUGCUAGAUCAAUUUGCUUUUCUUCUUUUUUUCUUAACAUUUUACCCUUGAAUGAUCCGAGGCACUUCGGGUUCGUUGAGUAAGUCGAGGGGCUGCAUUUUAACUUGUAACAAGAAAAAUUUUAAAUCUAUGUUUUCGUUCUAUUUUCUUGUUUUAAUCCCGUGAAAUACAACGGCCUAGAUGUCCGAAAGACUUUUAUAUAUAACUUAUAUCGCUAUACGAUUAAAUAGUUUUUACUAUAUCGUUGGGUAUAAAUGUCCCUCUGUAUCGUACGUACAUAAUAUAACGUAUAGGUGUAUAUCAUCUAUUCGUGUGGUAUAUUCAAUAAUAUAGGUAAAUUGCGGUGAUAACUGUUUAUUAAUAUCAUUUAUUAUACAAUAUACAAUUCCGUUAAAGAAGUUUUUUUAUACUUGCAGCUUUCCCUUUUUUAUAAUCACCGUAAUAAUGUGUAUAGAUGUUCCUACGGUAUAUUGACAUGACGUGACGCGAACUGGCGGAUAAAUAGAAAAUAAUUAUCAUCCACGCUAAAACUAUAAUACAUUAUUAUUGUAGUCUCUUUUUUUCGCGUUGCGUUGAGUCGUUAGUUUAACUUAUUUUCUCGUAUAUUCGAUUUCCUAAGAUCGUUUUAAAAUUUACUUGAAAAAGUGAUUAAGUAAAAGAUACUUAUAAUAAAUUAAAGAUAUUCUACAUGAAUAAUACGUCACGUAUACAACGCAUUUAAAUAUUAUACACGUAUUUAUUUAUUGAUGAAGAGUAAUUCGUGAUCUGUAAAAUCUUUGUCCAAAGACUGAAUGUACAUCUGCGAUCCUCUUUUUUUAUUUUACUGUUCGUUCUUUUUUUUUUUUAGCAUUUUUGCGUUUUAUGUUGUCUGCUUGCUUAUUGUUUCCGAUUAAUAUGGACAAAGAGCUUCAUUUCGCACACCCGUUAUACUACAACGUUGUAUAAGGUAAUUUUAUAAUGUGCUUUUUGCUCCGUCCAUUGCGAAGUUCAUGCUUGUAUUAUAAAUUGUUUAUACGUUAAUAUUGCCCGUUGAUUCUAACGUAUAUGUAUACCGACCAUGCGGUAAAACUCAUGUAUCUAUAAUCGCAAAUUUAAUGCGCAGGACGUAAUAUUUCGAAUAACGCGAAAUGCAGUAUUUAUAAUCAUUGUCUAUGCCUGCCUAUUCAUGUCUAUGAAUGUAUAAUACUCGAAUUGCAUUAAGUAUAUACAAAUUGUACGAACCGAUCCAAUUUCAAUUUUCACGAAGCGUGUAACAUUUCAACAAUUCGUUAAAUAUUAGCUGAUGAUUUUCCUCAAUUUUACGUAUCUCGUGAUUCCCGAACGUAAUUCUAUUUAUGGGUUUUAGCACACCACGAGCAAAGCAUUAAACCAGCAUAUCAUUUAGUUUUAUGGUUUGGUCUUCUUCGUUUCUUUUUCAGUUCGUUGGUUUUAUGUUUCAUGCUGAUUCGUAUCGACUUCCUUCAUUUUCCACACUACUUUUUUUUCCUUGUAAAAUAUACGCGCGCAUUAUGUAGGACUUUUAGGAUUAAGUGUAUACUAUACUCUAUACAUGUGUCUAGUAUCAAAAUAUAAUUAUUAUUAACGUACUGUGUAUAGAUAAUAACGCACUUUUUGGGAUGACGAUAUGAAAUUUUUAUUGACGUGUUUUAAGAUUGACAAAGAAGGGGGUGCAAAAUAGAAACACAUGGAAAGACUGCUAUUGUAUAAACAUAAAUAGUUAUAAAGUUAAUAUAAUUACGUAAUACAUGAUCCAGUAGGUAUAUUACUUAUUGGGUUUUAUAAUUUAUACCAAUAUUAAGGAACGAGAAAUGUCUAUCAAAUUUAUGCAUUAACCUUUUGUUUUAUUUAUUUUUUUAUCAAUUUUCAAAGUAUGCAUUUUAUCUAGUCGAAUUAUCAUCCAUCGAUUACAGUCUUUUGAGAUUUUCUUUUUUUUCGCUUUAAUAUAUAAUCAAACAGAAUAUUCCUGUGUAUUUAUUUACUGUAAAUACAUACAUCGUUUAUAUACUCAUGAUAUGAUAUUGUAAAUAUAAUAUAUACAUGUAGCAAAUACCUCGUAGCAACAGUUAAAAUUCUAAUAUUAUAACAUAUAGGUAUAGUAUAUUAAUCUAUAUUUUACAUGCGCCUUCUGCCGAGCUGUGAUCAAUCCGUAUAUAUGAUUACCAAUUAUUAUUAUCAUUAUUGCAUAUUACGCAAUACGGACAAAAACAAGAACAAAAAAAAAAAAAAAAAUUACACGGACGUUUUUUCUAUGGACGGGUUAAUUGAAUUUUGCACCCUAUAUAAAAAAGAAAAGAAAAACCGAACCUAUAUUUUCUUAUUCCUGUAAUUACACCAGUAAUUGACUUUUGAUUGUAUCUAUUGACUUGUAGUCGUAAAAACUUAUACUGGUGUAUACAUAGUUCAGAAAUCAUGCAAUUAAAGUAUUCAAAAUUUAUUUAUUACGCCAGUGUUGCAUAAGUACAUGAAAUAUAGGUGCGCAAUAUUUAUUUACGUUAAUGAAUAUCGUUAUAACGGUACAAUAAAGAAUGAAACAGGUUCAAAAUAUUCAGAAAUGGGACCAGGUAUAACGUUUGCUGUAUUAUUACACUAUGCAAUUUCCUCAUACUGUUGUUGUUGUUGUUGUUAUUAUUAUUAUUAUUAUUAUUUUCAUCUUUACUAUGGAGAUACUCUAAUCCUUUUAUGUACUCACGAUAAAUAUGAUCCCGCAUUAUUAUACAAGCUAUUAUUGGUCAUUCCGAAAAAUACAGUAUUAUAAAUUUUUGAAUCGUAUACUAAACUUCCUUAGAUCAGGAUAAAGGAUUGCAGGAUUAAAAUGAUGUGGGAAAUUAAUUCUCGCAUAAUGUGAUUACAGAUUAAUUUUUAUUUUAUAUUUUUCAUACAUAAGCUCAGCAUAUAAAAUUAUAGAUAUAACCUUAAUUAUUAGUAACAAUCGAAGUUUUGUGAUUCGCGUUAUAAAAUUUUCAACGUUCCAUUUGCAUAUUAGGCACCUCUUUUUUGAAUCAACCAAAUGCACUAAACAACUGGUUACUGAUUUAUGAAUAGUAGGUACAGUAUUCUCAUGGCUAUUUCUAUACGUUGCGUAAUCUACAUACACCUAUUUUCUAUACAACAAUUGAAUGUAAAUAUACGUGUAUAGUAAUAAUAAUGAUAAUAAUGAUAAGAUGGCGAAGAAAAACAAAAAGAUCAGAAAAAAAAAGAAUAUAUGUAUAAACUGUAACUAAACUAUUAUGUAUAUCACUAUUUAUCAUAUACUUAUAUAUUUGUAUAAAUCUAUACAAUUUGUGUAUGAGGAUGAUGAUGAUGAUGAUGAUGAUGAUGAUGAUGAUGAUUGAUUAUGUGUACCAAAAGCUGGUUUUGUUAAUGUGAAAAUGAUAAGAAUAAUGAUAGAAAAAUAAUACAAUAUUCUUUUAAUAAUAUUAUGUACAACGAUACGAUUUUAUUCUCAGCUCCGACGUCGGAGACAUUAAGCGACAUUUCUAAACAGUAUGAAAUAAAAUUACACGCAAGAGUGAAUCCCGUCACUGUGGUUUAAACGGCGAAAAGCUCGGUAACAAUUAAAAACGUGAACGGUUAUUUCUUGUUGUAACAAUUUUCACGACGCCACGCUUUCACAGGUUUUUCUUUCCAUAUCGCAUUCCACUGCAGCUGGUACGUAUGCAUAAUAUCAAUUUGUUGUGCGUGCAAAAUCCCUUAUGUACGCUUUAAUUUCGUAGAAUGAAAUUAUAAAUAAGCAUACGUGUACGAAUAGUGUUACGAGUAGGUAAAAAUUAGAGAAUUGUUGUAGGAAAGUUGUAGUUGAAUAAAAUAUUCCUUGGGAUUUAUGCAGAUGUUAGAAAUCGUAUAGUCAGAAUAACGGGAUAAUAAUAAAAAGUUUUACUGUAGAAACAUCGAAGUUGAAACACAGCAGUAAGCGAUAGUGUUUGGUUAUGCUUUGUUAUUGGAAAAAAUAAUAAUAAUAAUAAUAAUAAUGCACCCUCGCAAAAUUUAUUUGCGAUUAAUCAUUAAUUUAUAUUUGUUUGCUCAUUUGUUUUAGAAUAGCUUGCUAACAAUAAUUGAUUGCGAUUAGAACUUUGAUGCUCUUACAGUAUUCGAAGUGUGUAAAAAUGCAUAAUUAACGAAUCAGGCUGCGAGGCUAUUGGAUAUUUUUUUUCUCAUGCGAGUUUUGCAAUGAAAUUAUCACCUCUGUAGUAAUCUGUAACUUAGGUACGAUAUAUGUGUAUGAAAUUACCGACUAUAAAACUUUUGAAACUAUGUGGACCAUAAUUUCACAAUAAUCACGUUUUCUAAUGUUUAAUCUAGUUUAUGUGAAGACGACGUAUAACGUAUAAGUGUUUCGCUAAUUAUAAAGUGACUCGUACUUUCAAUAUUAGGCAUUUCUAAUCAUGUGUGGUAAAGUCUAUAUUAUAGUACAGUAGUGUACGGCCACGUAUAAAUAUAUAUAACAAUGUUGUCUCUGGGUAAUUGUGAAUCAAUUCGAUAAAUUCGUAUGAUAAGCAUUCCAAUAAUUAAACUCAUAUAUGUAAUCAAUUUAUAUUGAUGUGAUGCUUCGGUGGAUGUCCAUGAUUAAAUGGGAGUGAUAACGAUAUUGAAUGAUAAUGUACACUGUGGAGAUAGUUUUAAUAUCUAGGUAGAAAUGAAACGAAAUCCUUACUGUAGUUGCAAAUAGAUACAUGGAUAAUAUAUAUACAAUAGUAUAUGUCGAUCAUAGACGUAGUCGAAGUACGGUUCAGCUAUGCGUAGUUAUAGAGUGGGAUAAUGUAUGUAUAGGCAGAUAAUAAUCGCAAAUGCAGUUCAUAGUAUAGCAAGAAUAGUAAUCAAUGCAUUUAGUUUAUUAUUUUUAUCUAGAUACAUGCAGUAAUAAGUGGUGAAUGUAAUAAUAAAUCUACUAGAAUAUCGAAUUAUAUCGAUACAUAAGUGUGUUUAUUUUUUACUCAAUGUACUUUGUAUACUUAUCGAUGUAUUUCACGUAUUCACAGUAUACCGGAUAUUUUGUAUUAGCAAGUUUGUUCAUGUAUUUGGAUUGUGCCAUAUAGAACCCACUGUAGAUUUUGUAAUAUUGUAAUAAAAAGGUUCAUUUUCAUCUACUGUGUCGAAGAAA